GCGGCCGGGCGGGCGCCGGGGGCCUGGUCGCGGCCGGGCCGGGAGCGGCGGGCGGGGUGCAGGCCGGCGGCGGGGAGGCGCCCGUGUCCGAGCCCCGGGCCAGGCCGGGUGCGCCAUGGCGGAGACCAAGAUCAUCUAUCACAUGGACGAGGAGGAAACGCCGUACCUGGUCAAGCUGCCCGUGGCGCCCGAGCGCGUCACGCUGGCCGACUUCAAGAACGUGCUCAGCAACCGGCCCGUGCACGCCUACAAAUUCUUCUUCAAGUCCAUGGACCAGGACUUCGGGGUGGUGAAGGAGGAGAUCUCUGAUGACAACACCAAGCUGCCCUGCUUCAAUGGCCGUGUGGUAUCCUGGCUGGUCCUGGCUGAGGGCACUCACUCGGAUGCCGGGUCUCAGGGCACGGACAGUCAUACAGACCUGCCCCCACCUCUUGAGCGGACAGGUGGCAUCGGGGACUCCCGACCCCCCUCCUUCCACCCCAAUGUGGCCGGCAGCCAUGACGGGAUGGACGAGACUGGCACAGAGUCCGUGGUCAGCCACCGGCGGGAGCGAGCCCGACGUCGAAACUGUGAGGAGGCUGCCCGGACCAAUGGGCACUCGAGGGGGGACCGGCGGCGGGAGCUGGGGCUGCCCCCAGACAGUGCGUCCACCGUGCUGAGCAGUGAACUGGAGUCCAGCAGCUUCAUCGACUCAGAAGAGGACGACAACACCAGCCGGCUGAGCAGCUCCACGGAGCGGAGCACCUCGUCGCGGCUCUUCCGGAAGCACAAGCGCCGGCGGAGGAAGCAGCGCGCGCGACCGGCCGAGCGCGCCUCCUCCUUCAGCAGCAUCACGGACUCGACCAUGUCCCUGAACAUCAUCACCGUCACGCUCAACAUGGAGAGGCACCACUUCCUGGGCAUCAGCAUCGUGGGCCAGAGCAACGACCGCGGCGACGGCGGCAUCUACAUCGGCUCCAUCAUGAAGGGCGGGGCGGUGGCCGCCGACGGCCGCAUCGAGCCGGGGGACAUGCUGCUGCAGGUGAACGAGGUCAACUUCGAGAACAUGAGCAACGACGAUGCCGUGCGGGCGCUGCGGGAGAUCGUGGCCCGGACGGGGCCCGUCAGCCUCACGGUGGCCAAGUGCUGGGACCCGACCCCCCGGAGCUACUUCACCGUCCCGAGGGCUGACCCGGUUCGGCCCAUCGACCCCGCCACCUGGCUGUCCCACGCGGCGGCGCUGACCGGAGCCCCGCCGCGCCCCGGGACGAGCCCCUGCUCCAGCGCCGUCACGCGCACCAGCUCCUCCUCCCUGACCAGCUCUGUGCCCGGCGCUCCGCAGCCGGUGGAGGCUCCGCUGUCAGUGAAGAGCGACAUGGGUGCUGUCGUGCGCGUCAUGCAGCUACCAGACUCGGGCUUGGAGAUCCGAGACCGCAUGUGGCUCAAGAUCACCAUUGCCAACGCUGUCAUUGGGGCAGACGUGGUGGACUGGCUGUACGCGCACGUGGAGGGCUUCAAGGAGCGGCGGGAGGCCCGCAAGUACGCCAGUGGCAUGCUGAAGCGCGGCUUCCUGCGGCACACGGUGAACAAGAUCACCUUCUCUGAGCAGUGCUACUACGUCUUCGGGGACCUGAGCAGCAGUGAGUGGGGCUGUGGGGCUGGGGUCCCCAGAGGGCCACCCGCCCCGCCUCACCUACCUGUCCUCCCCCCAGAUCUCGCAGCCCUGAACCUCAACAGCGGCUCCAGCGGGACCUCGGAUCAGGACACACUGGCCCCACUGCCGCACCUGGCUGCCCCCUGGACCCUGGGUCAGGGCUACUCGUACCAGUACCCGGGGCCCCCACCCUGCUUCCCGCCUGCCUACCAGGACCCCAGCUUCAGCUAUGGCAGUGGCAGUGCCGGCAGCCAGCAGAGUGAAGGAAGCAAAAGCAGUGGGUCCACCCGGAGCACAGGCGGGAGCAGCCGGCGGGCCCUAGGCCUCGAGAAGGAGCGCCGGGCGGCUGGAGCCGGGGGCAGUGGCAGCGAGUCAGACCACACAGCCCCGAGUGGGGCGGGUGGCAGCAGCUGGUGGGAGCGUCCAGCUAGCCAGCUCAGUCGGGGUGGCAGCCCACACAGCCAGGCCUCAGCCGCCGCCCCGGGGCUCCCCCCACUGCACCCCAUGACGAAGGCGUACUCGGGGGGGGGGCCGCCUGGGGGGCCGCCCGUCCGGGAGCUGGCCACUGUCCCCCCGGAGCUGACAGGCAGCCGCCAGUCCUUCCAGAAGGCCAUGGGGAAUCCCUGUGAGUUCUUCGUCGACAUCAUGUGACCCAGGACAGAGUGCCUUUGGCCCGGCCCGCCGUGGGCUGCUGUGGUCCCUCAGGAGGGUGCCACACCUGGGGCUUGUGUGGGCAGACCUGAGAGGCCACUGGCCUGGGUCAGGCCCUCCUGUGCUUCCACACACGCGGUGGUCUGUGCCGUGGGGUCCAGGCCCAUUGUGGGGUUCCCCGGGUCUAGGGGAGUGAGUGGGCUGAGGCACCAGGUAUCCUCCCAGCCAAAGCAGCGUGUGUCCAUCAGACGGCAGCGAGGACCUCACUCGUCAACAGUGCUCAGGCAGGCCUGCCCUGUACCCCUUGGGGUGGGCCUCAGGGACCCCCCCCACCUGCCCACAAGGCUGAGUGUGGGGCCCAACACCUAGAUGACAAGUGGGCCCUAGGCCUGGGCACCCCUCCUUGUCUGGUUCACAGGCCUCACCCAUGUUGCCCAGGCUGAGGCACUCUCUUGGGGGUGGAGUCAACACCCGCAGGCCCUUCUGUGGCUGCCUGGGUAAGGGUCUAAUUUAUUUAUUUAUUGCCUGGCCUGUGUGCUCUGAGGGAGGUGGUGGCCAAGUCAGCCCCGUUAACAGGCUAGAGCAGAGUGUUUUUUAUGCCCGCUCUCAUUGCCGGGUCUCAGUCAAUGCUGGACACAGGUUGUGUCUGGGUGUGUGGGAGGGUCAGUGUGGGGGAGGUGGGAGAGGGGGAGUGUGACCCUGAGGGCAAGGGGCACGGACGCACGCUGCCACAGGGGCCAGGUCCAGGGGAGUAGGGGCGGCCCACCUGGGGGCCCACCCUCCCCUGCUGUCCACCCACGCACACCACUUCCUUCCUGGCCUCUCUGGUCUGCACACGUCUGAGCUGUAGAUACCAAGUCGAGAGUCCAUUCCGGAUAGUUAAUAGAGCUGCUUCUGUGUAAAUGCUAUUUUAAACACUAAAGCAUUUAAUUUUAUGGGA